GUGGAUUUUGGCAAGCGGGAGCGCAACCUGUUCUCCUAAACAACGUGGUUGGUUUUAUUUUUAUCCCGUUUGUGUAGUAAGUGAGUUCUUAGUAGUCCCUUUUUCUUGAUGUUUUCAACAUCUUUCUAUGCUUUAAAGCAUUUCUACAUCUAUUUCUUUCCCUUCGAACUUUUGUUUGGUAGGUCUUCCUACUUUGGGAAUAAUAAGGUGGUCAGGGUGUUGCUACUUUCGGGCGGUUUUAUCGCUCCUGAUUGCAACCAAAACCUUGUCUGCCACACUUCUUCUACCGAUACCGACUUUUCAACUUCCUCUCUUUGCGUUUCGGCGUCAUAAGAUUGACGUCGACCACAGAGCCCAGAGAAAUUCUUCUACACAGUAGAGGACCGCAACCGACAAAGUACGACAUGGGUCGUGGAGAG